AGCAUGGGCAUCGGCGUCAGACAUCACCAUGGUCGCUGGUACGGGCAUUGGCUGGGGGGUAAUGGGGGGCAUGGAAGGAAUCGGAAGGGGGUUUUUGGGCGGGUCUGGGAACUCAUUGGGAAGGUGUUUUUCUGUAGUCGGUCUUCCGACAUUCACAUGUACUACCGCAACUUGAUACCACGAGCACUUUGA